UCUAUCUAUCCUUCCAAAGUGCACACCUGGGGCCGGGGGCGCCGGGGCGUCGGCGGCGGAAACCGUCAUGAGCUCAGGAGCCCACGACCGGCCUCUGACGACAUUCUCGGUGCGCAAAGACUCGCACACGAUAUCGAAACCGAAGCCCAAGAUUCGAAUAGUCCACAUCUUUGCGCCGGAGAUCAUCAAAACUGACGUCGACAACUUUCGUGAGCUCGUGCAGCAGCUCACGGGAAAGCCAGGGAAGAAAACCCGUGGCAGAAUAAUAAAGAAGACAGUGAAUCGUUCACCGACAGAAAUGUCAGGAUUACAACGUAAUAAUCUGCAUGGUCGAGAGAAGGCAGACAUAAAGGGAGAGGCGAGGGAGGAGGACGGGAGGCGGCCGUGGCCGGACGGGAGCCCGUCGGGCGGGGGGUAUCUCAGUGGAUUGGAAGAUGAUCAUGAUCAUGGAUUCUUCCAAGGGCUUGCUGAGUUCACCUGGCUCCUCCCUUUGGGUUCCUCUGGAGUGGAUGUGUGAUCCAAUGUUGUUGCAUAUAUGCAGUUCCAAUUAAUUAAUUUGGAUGUGUCAUAUAUAGUUUGUGUAUAUUUUUUGGCUUUUUUACACUUGCAUGUGAUUCAUGUUAUACCUAGGGUUGUGGAU